CGGCCCGGAGCCCCCCGGCAGCGUCACCUGGUGCCGCCCGGGGCGGGGCGGGAGGCCGGCACAUCCCCGCUUCUUCUUCCUCGGAGCCCCGGGGGUGGAGAGAGGGGCUGGGGGAGGUCCCCUCCGUCUCCGUUGAAGAGAGCGGAGCGAGUGGAAAGGUCUGUGGACGUGAGUUUUACCUUGGAGUUAGAGACAGCAUUUUUGGCACUGUUGUAAGGUGAACAAGUAUUUUGGCUGUUGAUCCUGUUGAUACCACUCUUCCCUGCUCUUGCUGCUUCCCUGUUGACUGAAGUUAUUCAAACUCAAGUCUGUUGCCAAAAGAGCAGCACCAUCCUCGACAGCACAUUUCUGCACCUCCCUCUGUGGUCCUGACGAACUUCUUCUCGUGUCAGUAACAGACCGUUUACCAUGAGCAAUUCUACUCCAGCUACAGACAAUGAGAAGAAAAAAAUCAAAGGAGGCAAGUCGCAAUGUUUGCCUUCACGUGUCCUUCAUAUUCGUCAAAUUCCAAGUGAUGUUACUGGAGCAGAAGUCAUUGCAUUAGGUCUCCCUUUUGGCAAAGUAACCAAUUUCUUGAUGCUAAAAGGAAAAGGUCAGGCAUUUUUGGAAAUGGCUUCUACAGAAGCUGCUGUUUCUAUGGUGAACUACUAUACUCCUGCUACACCUCACCUCCACAAUCGGCCAGUUUAUAUUCAGUAUUCCAAUUACAAAGAACUUAAGACUGAAAAUCUACAUAAUCAGGCUAGACCCCAGGCUGCAUUGCAAGGUGUGAAUGCUGUGCAGCAUGGAAGCCUGGCUAUUACAAGUGCUCUUGAUCGUGAAGGUGGACACCUUCCAAGUCAAGGUUCUGUUCUUCGAAUCGUUGUUGAAAAUGUUUUUUACCCUAUCACUUUAGAAAUGCUGUAUCAGAUUUUCUCUAAAUUUGGAUAUGUCUUGAAGAUUGUCAUGUUCCAUAAGAACAAUCAAUUCCAAGCGUUGCUCCAAUAUGCUGAUGCAAUGAAUGCAUAUUGUGCCAAAAUGUCUCUGGAUGGCCACAGUAUCUAUGCUGGGUGCUGCACUCUGCGUAUUGAUUUCUCCAAGUUAACUACCCUAAAAGUAAAGUACAACAAUGACAAAAGCAGAGAUUUCACUCGCAUUGAUCUUCCUUUUGGUGAUGGCCAACGAACCCUGGAUGCAUCCUUAGCUACUACCUUUGCCACUCAAAAUACAAUAUUUCCAUCAUAUCCAGGGGCUGCUGGAUUUGCCCAACCCAUGGGCUUUCCUCAAGGUGCUGGUAUUUCAGUUCCAGCUGCUCCUGGAGCACUUGGUUCUCUCACAAUCACCCCGUCAACAGUGUCUGGACAGAUUCCUGGUGUUACUGGUAUUCCAGGAAAUUCUGUUUUACUAGUCAGCAACCUCAACCCUGAAGCCAUCACACCAUAUGGACUUUUCAUCCUAUUUGGUGUAUAUGGUAAUGUGCAUCGUGUGAAGAUUAUGUUUAAGAAAAGAGGAAUUGCUUUGGUUCAGAUGGCAGAUGCAACCCAGGCUCAAUUAGCUAUCAACCACUUGAAUGGACAGAGGCUUUAUGGAAGGGUCAUGCAUACUACUCUUUCAAAAUAUCAGACAAUUCAACUUCCUCGUGAAGGGCAAGAGGACAAAGGUCUGACAAAGGACUAUAGCAAUAGCCCUUUGCAUCGCUUUAAGAAUCCUGGCUCUAAGAACUGCCAAAAUAUUUUUCCUCCAUCUGCCACCCUGCAUCUCUCCAACAUCCCGCCUUCUGUUACUGUUGAUGAUUUGAAGAACCUUUUUGCAAGUAAAGGAUCUACUGUGAAAGCCUUCAAAUUUUUCCAGAAAGAUUGCAAAAUGGGUCUUAUCCAACUGGGCUCUGUGGAAGAAGCAGUUCACGCUCUCAUUGAGCUUCACAAUCAUGACUUUGGAGAAAACCAGCAUCUCCGAGUUUCCUUCUCAAAAUCUACAAUAUGAAUUCUCUGUGCACUUUCCUUUUAAUAUAGUAAAAUCUUCAGAGACUGAGAAAGCUGAGACCAGCUCUGUCUCUUAAAAGAAGAAGCUCAUUCAUACACAAAGAAUUAGGUGAUGAUUCUGAAUUUUCUGGUUCUAUCUGCAAGUAUGUGAUCCAUAGAAAGAUUGUUCUGUGAAAUAGCUUUAGCAACAAUAUUUAUCAGAUUUCCUACUUAAAAUUAUAUUUUGAGAACAUCCUUUAGGUUUUUAUUCUAAAUUAGCCUUAGAAAACAUUUUAGAGUACUUUCACAAUACAUCAAACAAAGAGUAUUAUUAAGAAAAUGGUAAAUAUACUCUACAAAGAUUAAACACUAAUUUGAAUGUGAAGUAGUGCUCGGAUUUCUUGAAGAAAAGCAAGCAGUGACUCUGAGUAUCCUCUAAAUAGUAUUUAUGUUACCAGGGUGUGGAUUUAUACUUUGGCAAUUCUUUACAAAUAACUUGUGGCAUAUUAAUAUAAUACGUAAAUAAAUUACACUAGCCCAGCUAACUCUUUGGGGGUUCAGAGCCAAAUCCUCUUUAUUCAAAUGAAUCAACACCUUAUGUAUGGGAGUUCAAAGUAACACGUAACUCCCCUGACCAAUCACCGGGGUACCUCAUUAUCCAUGUUCACGGGAGUACAUUUGGACUUCAUUUCCCAGGAUGCCUCAUCCAGCAUCCUUCCUGAAACCGGACUACUACGAUAACUUGUUUAUAAAAAUAAAAAGUCUGUGCUGUUCCUACAGAUUAAAUUAUUAGAGGAAAGGCAGUGCCUUUUCUUUGUGGAAUAAAAGAUAUUUCACAAGUUUCUUCAAGAUGUAGGAUCAGACAUUUAGGUUGAUUUAACCGUGGGUUGGAAGUUUGAUGUCCUAUUUUUACUAUGAAGUGAUGUGUAAUAGUACUUUGGAGAAUAUAAAACAAGAAGAUAGUCGUGAUUUAAAAUAAAUUUUUGCAUUUCUCUAAAUAAUUGUUUACAAUCUUAUGGAAACUAUUCAGGUCUGUGAUGGUUUGAUAGGUUUUAAAGAAGUUAUUUUUGUUAAGGUCAUCUUUGGGGGCAGAAAAAAACCCACCUUUAAGAGAUUUUUUUACCACUAAUGUCUAAUACUUAAAUAACUGUGUAUUUACCUUAUUUCUUAUUAUGUGCCUUAUAUGUGUGUAUUAUACAAUAGCUUAGAAUGUUAUCUGAAGUAUCUUGAAAAAAUAUUGUGAGCUUUGUGACAGUUCUCUUCUUGGUCUUUUUAAAAAUGUUUUCCUUGAUACUUAAAGAUAUAUUUUUUUUUUUCUUUAGGUAAUUCUCUGAAUUCUAGUUUCUUGUGCUUUUUUAUAGAGAUUGGAUAUAGGUGGGAAUAAGGUUUAACUCACUAUGUAAUCACAUAGGUGAUUCUUUGAAUUUACCUAGUUGCAGUUGUCUGAUGACAGUUCUUUGCUGAAAAAAAAUUCACAUCCAGAAAAAAUACACUAAAAAACCCGAACAAACCCAUAUAGAAGGGCCAAACAGGAAAUUCACUUCAGUUUCUGGACUUUAUCUUAUUUUUUGAGGGGCAUUGGCUGUAUUACAAUAUUCUCUUUUGGGUGUCUGCAUCUUUUUUCGCAGAAUCACAGGAUCAACCAGGUUGGAAAAGACUUCUGAGACCAUAGAGUCCAACCUUUGACCCAACACCACCCU